AUGAACAUAAACGCCCCCGCGUUCGUUCCGCAAAACGUGUCAUCCAGGACAAAUUCUUCAUCCCCUCUUGUCUCGCGAGCUCAGAUCUUGCACCAGCCUGACCUUAGAAGAUCUGUUUCGAAAAAUCAGAGUAAUCACGCCCAAGGAGAUCAAAAUGUUCAAUCGAGCGUGAAUAACAAUAACAAGAGGAACAGUAAUCCUCAUCGUAGACAAAAACGUCAAUCGAAUCACCAUCAACGCAAUCAGUCUAAUAAUGCAAAUUCGAGAAAUUGUGAUAGAACCGCAACCCAUCUUUCGGGUGAUGAUAACAAAGUAAAUAAUACCGAAAAUUUGCAGGCUUCUAUCGCAACUACCGUGUCAGCAUUUGAUGAGAUGUCAUUAAAUGAUACGAAUCCUGUAUCGUAUGGAGCACCUAAUAAAAGAGGACAGAUCUCUCUUAAUCAUCUUUUGAAUUUCUCAUUCCCACCACGUCAACGUUCUGUUACCAGUACUCCACGAAAACAAAAAGCUAUUAAUUAUCAACCAUUUAAUAAAGAGCAUCUUUUACUGCAAUGGGAGACUAUCGAACAAGUUAUCAUCACAACUCCUACUACUCCAAGUUGUCCAAUUUGCUUACAAAAACCAACCGCUGCUCGUGUGACCAAAUGCGGCCAUUCUUAUUGUCUUUCAUGUAUUCUUCAUUAUUUGAUGUUGAUUGAUGAGAAGGAUAGACCUAAUAAGAAAUGGCGUAAAUGUCCCAUUUGUUGGGAUGCUGUAUACGCCAAAGAUCUCAAGAGUGUACGAUUUUGGUCCGUAAGAAAUAUUGGAAAAGUCGGGGAUGGAGAAACGAUUAAGAGAGAUGAAAUGAUCACAAUGCGCCUCAUUCAACGAAAUGCUAACUCAACGAUUGCACUACCUCGUUCGUCAACUUGGAUGCUUAACAAUGACAUGCUUUCGAAUUCCUCUGCACCAUGGCAUUUUAUUCCUGAUGUCCUUAUUUUCUCAAAAUUGAUGCUUGCAUCACUCGAUUAUAUGCAAAAAGAAUAUAAUCGAGAUUUAGAAGAUCUUCAAAAUGCGUUACAAGAUGUCAAAAACUGGAAUUCUGACGAUGAAAUUCCGUUUAUCGAAAUGGCUAUUGUCAAUGUUAAGGAACGUUUAGAAAAUUUUCAAAAACUGUCUAGUGACGAUGCUAUUCAAGCUGAAUGGCGUGCUCGUGAAUUAAUUAAUCAGGUUGAAUUUAAUCGUGCAUUUACCGAUCAAACAGGCGAAAUUUCUUCAAAUUCAGAGCAUAAGAAAUUAGACAAACAAGUACUAUAUGAUACUACUACAUCCACACAAAUUGAUCCUAUAACCAACAUUUUAUCAGAUAAAAGUAAUAAUCCUGGCUCAUUAUCUGAUUCAGGAAAUAGCCCACCGGCUUUUUUGCCUGAUGAAUUCAGAGUACAAUCUCAUAUUGCUUAUAUCUCUCAAUCGACUCCUGAACCAAAACAGAAAACAAAAGUUUUACAACCUGUUGCUUAUAGUGAUUGUACAUACUAUUUUUACCAAUCAGAAGAUGGUCAGCAUGCGUAUUUACAUCCAUUGGAUAUUCGAAUCUUGAAACAAGAGUUUGGAACAUACGAACAAUUCCCAAAUGAGAUAUCAGUACGAAUUGUUAAUGUAGAAGAAUCUACAAUUACAGAGGAAUUUAGAAAACGAUGCAAGUAUCUUAGUCAUUUGCCAUUAAGCUGUGACGUAACGUUUUUAGAGGUAGACUUAAAAGGAGUGGUUACCGAUUCCACAUUAGAAAUAUUUGCAAAUGAGCUUCGACAACGUCAAAAUCGCCGUAAAGAAAAAGCCCGAAAGGAAGAAAAAGCUGCGCAUAAAGAACGACACCGUAGAAACACUCAAGAAUUUUUUAAUACAGAUUCUUUCUUCCAACCGAAUUUAUCGGGUGAAACUAGCAAUAGUAACAGCACAAUAUCACAACUUUCUAUUGAAAUGGAGUUCAGUAAUAAUCAUGUAAACAACAAUCCAAACAAUUCGUUUAAUGGUCCAAAAACCGUUUGGGGAACUCCCGCUGCAUCCUUUGCUAAUGUUGCUGGCGGCAAAAACUUGGUUAAGCAUGAAGAUGCUUUUGUUGACGAUGGAUGGGACUUUAAAGAAGAGGAAGUAUACGUUG